UAAUCGUCUGACUAAAACUAACCGUAAAGACGCAUUACCAAAAACCGGUGAGCCUCAACGAAGCGAACAUCAAUAAUACCGCGACAGUGUUUAACCUCGUAACUGUGCAAGUGUAAUAUGUUGAUUAUUUCAUGACGAACAGAAUUAAAGCCCUCGGUGGCUGUGCAAGACAUCCCGAAUAUCGCUUCAUCGUACGACGUGUCACUGGCAUUUUUCUCAGCUCAAGGUAGCACCAGCGAAAAUGAAGGACGAAGUAGAGGAGGAUGACUCCGGGGCAUCCAUAGCGAGUACCUCUACACUGGGUACCUACAGAUCGGUUGCCUCUAUAUCGGGUACCUCUACAUCGGGUGUCUCAUCGGGUGCUUCUACACCGGGUGCCUCUGCAUGGGCUCCCUCUACAUGGGGUCCCUGUGCAUCUGGCGCCUCUACAUCGGGUACCUCGCCAUGGGAUCCCUCUACAUCGGCUCCCUCUACAUCGGGUGUCUCUGCAUGGGAGCCCUGUACACCGGGUCAAACUACAUCAGGUGCAUCUACAUCGGGUGUCCCUACAUGGGAGCCCUGCGAAUGGGAUCCCUCUACAUCGGAUCCUUCUACAUCAGGUGCAUCUAUAUCGGAUGCAUCUACAUCGCGUGCCUCAACGUCGCGUGCCUCUAUAUCGGGUACCUCAACAUCGGGAACCUCAAAAAAACCAAUCAAGCCUUAUAAUAGUGCCCGAGCCUCGAGGAAUUUGGCGGAGAAGCAGAGACGAGACAACCUCAACGCAAACAUUGCCAUGAUGGCAGCCAUGGUGCCCGCUGUAGCUGGUAGCUCAAGGCGUCAGGAUAAAAUAUCAAUUCUCAGGCUAUCGGCAGCCUACCUCAGGAUCAACUACACUCUUGGCCAAGGCAACCAAGGAUCUGUCCCAAGUAAAUUCAACUCCAUAGACCUUGAGCAGAUUUGCCUUGAUAGUUGCGAAGGAAAUGGUUCUUUUCUACUCAUUGUGACAACCACCGGGAGCAUUGUACAUGUAGGCAGGAAUAUAGAGGGACCGCUGGGACACUUACCGACCGAACUAAUGGGAAAAUCGCUGUACAAUUACGUGCACCCAGACGACCACGAUGAGUUGAGUCGUGGUCUAGCGGUGAGUGGAGCCUUCCCAGCAGUAACUGAUGGCUCCAAUCACGAUCAGAACUCCACGUCGUCUGACAAUAGCAAAAGAACUGCUCAACGACGACGAAAUUUCGUUAUAAAAAUAGCGCAGAGAACGCAUUCGAGGGGUGAGCACAUACAGUACAAGUGUUUUAGCAUCUCAGGGGUCCACAGGCUAGCUGAUUACUGUCAAAAACGACCGGCGGAUCGAGAAUACCCUGCAACGAACAACGAUGUUAUUUUCGUUGGAAUAGCACGCCUUAUGCACAGACGCGUAACCGAGCUAUCGUUAUUCGAAGCCACUAAAGAGGAGUAUGUAACACGUCAUUUGGUUGACGGUCGUAUCAUCUUCUGUGAUCACAGAAUAUCCAUUGUUGCUGGAUACAUGUCGGAAGAGGUUUCCGGCGCUAAUGCCUUUCGUUAUAUGCACAAGGAUGAUGUCAGGUGGACGAUGAUUGGGUUACGACAGAUGUACGAUCGUCGUGAAGGUUUUGGAUCAUCUUGUUACCGACUCCUCUCGAAGACCGGUGAAUUUAUCUACCUCAGAACCCACGGAUACCUCGAAAUGGACACAAAAACCGGUACAUUCGAGUCCUUUGUUUGCGUUAACACCCUUGUCAAAGCAGAGGAGGGUGAAAAAUUGAUUCGCGAGAUGAAGGAUCGUUACGCAGCGACGCUACACGACAUGGCUGGAGGGCUAUUUGAUCCAGAAAUGCUGAACCCACAGGCGGAGUCAGCCCCAAGUGUCGAGGAUCCAACUCAACUCGAGGGAGUAAUUCUUCAAUUGAUCAGUGAUCUCUCGGCACCAAUACCUGUCGACGGGCGAAUCUCUCCAGGACCUGCCCCAGACCUGCAAUACGCUAAAGCAGCCAUGUUCUCGACUAGACUACCACCGGCCUCUGUCCAGGCGAAUCACUUGGGAGUUAAGAUGAUUCCAAGACCUGGCAGGAGCAAAUCGAAACAAAUGAAGAGGACAAUGAGCACUGCAUCUUCAACUAGCAGUCAGGGCACUGAAAAUUACGAGGAGCCACCACAUCGCACGCAAGCGCAAGCAUCACCAAGCAGGCAAAAUGGGACACAUCAAAUUGCCGAAAAAAUUAUACCGGAACUCCCUAGUCCUGUUGUUGCUGAUAUCCUUAACAGUGUUGAACUGCAACAGACAAACUUUCACAUGCAACCAGUUCUGUCUCAAGACCAACACUUCUACGACCCUCACCAGAUGAGUACAAACCCCUCAGUCCUGCAUCCAGAUGUAAAUAGCGAAAUGUCAUACAUCGAAACCCCGGAACCGGGAGCCGGUGGCUCCCAAUAUCCACAAAUAGAUCCAUCAGUGGAUUAUUAUGGGCAGCCAGAGAGUAUGGGAAUGUUCAUAAAAUCCGAGGCAUCUACCUCUGCCAUGGACACGCCAGAUGAGGGGUUUGGCAAACGGCCGUUGGAGGACGAUGACUCUGACGAGUCAGAUAAGAGACAACGACAGGAAUCUGAUACUGAGGAGGAUCUCAUAGACAACCCGACUUUCCAGGAGCUUAUGAAUUCGGAUUCAGAUAUCAUGAGGAUGCUGGACGCCAUAACACAUCCCUUGAACCCUGACAAAAAAUCCGCGAGGGCUGAUAUUCUUCACCUUGUGCCCGAGCAGAAGGUGGACGAGACACUGAGACAGACAUAUGCGCAUCUUCAGGACAGUAUAGAUUAUCAAGGGUCGCAGAUCAAUGAGUUAGGACUGGUAUUUGAGAAUUCAGAGCUGCACACACGCCGACAAAAUUUUGAUCAACUACAGGCCGAGCAUGAAAUCCAGAAGAAAAUGAUCAAGACCCUCCAACAGGAUCAUCACAGUAUGCAGGUCAACGUUAAACAGAACGUUGGUGUCUGAAACCAAUUCAAGAAGGACGAAACUUAAGUUCUCCUCGUCCUUCUUCCCAGGAUUUAGGAAAAUUUUGAUAAAGUCCACAGACUGGCUGUUCCCUACUGUACCUCAGUGAAAUGUGGCACAUAACAUUCGUACCUUAAGGAGUUACUGUUCCCCAGGAGUCUACGAUUGCAACAUUCAGCCUGGCGCAAUCCCUGGAGGGGCCAACCAACAAAACAAAAAAACGAAGCGAGUUGUUUGUACUCGAGGACAUCGAGUCACCUGACGAAAAACGUUUUCCAAUGCUCUUCCCAGGAACACGAAGAAAUGAAGACGACCAAGUGGUUAUUCACUGGAAAUUGUCCUUGGAUUUUUUAAGAGCCACAACAAAUGAAGCAGUACAAGAAAAAACAACUUCUGCAAAUAAAAGUGACUGAUGAAUUCUAAAUGAGGAAUAAUUGUGCAAUUAACGAAGAAAUUUUGCAAAGUAAAAAAGCACGGGAAAAAUAAGACUCAUCAAUGAAGAAAAAACGAAACAAAUGCACGAGACAAGAGGAAUUUCAUUGCUACAACGGAGUAAAGUCACCUCAUUUGUCACAUAGACUAUCAAAUUCAUCGUCACAGCGACAAAACUUCCCCAUUUUAAAUGUUAAAAAAAAAUUCAGGAAACGUUUACGAAUAAAUGAAACGGCUGAGUAUGAACUACCUCUAUCCAACAUGUCUGUCACGUUUAGACAAGGGAUAAUGAGUUAUUAACGAAAUCGUAAUAAUGGGAUAAGGAUACCUAACUAAUUUACUAGGCAAUUACGAUGUUGAGACUAAGAUUGUAAGUAAACUAAUGAAGAAGAAAACACUGAUUAAGAAAGAUGACGUUUUGAAUCGUUGCCAUCGUUUUAAUUGGCUCACCGUAAGACUGCAAUGUUAAUUUUACUAUAUACAUAUAUAAAUAUUAAAUAUAAAAUUAAUGAUUAUGCAACAUGGAUUAUUCACCGUGUACUAUUAAGCGGAGGAGUGUGAAGAGAAUUGUAAUUGAAGAUUGAAAUUAAUUGUAAUAUUGACUGCAUAAUUGAAGUUAUCGAUGAUUGGAGAGUUGCUCUGUCAGGAAAAAAAGGAAACAAAACAAUGCAAUUUUCAUAAUUGGUUUGAGUGAUUUUUCAAUAAAUGCACCCCGUGUACACAAGGACAUACAUCCCGAGGGGAGUUGAGGUCAAUUUUGUGAUCAUGUCAGUCGUUGAGAAUGAAUUUUCUCUGAACUACAAGUCAAUUUUUCCAAUAAUUGUAUCUGAUUUAUUGCAAGAUUUUGUUGAUGACCCUUUUGAAAAGAUAAAUCAGUGAUUUGUUUUUGAGGAAAUGAAUCAGUGAUUUGUUUUUUCAUUUAAUACGGGGAUGUAUGUCACACGAACAUAUACAUUAGAUGCAUAAUUUAGGAUUUUAAGGAAGUGGUGUACUAAUAUACUUACGUCCAAUGAUAUUUACUGUAAAAUUUGUCACUGAAUAAUUCAAAGAUAAUUUUUACAUCGAUGACGACGCUACAGAAAGUUUAAUGUCAAUCUUGAAAUUUAUGUACAAUUUUUCUUAUUUGUAUUUCGGCCUAUUUUAUGAAUUUGUUAAUUGUCUUGAUGUUAUAUGAGAAAUUUUUUUUUAACGAAAUUGUGCAAUGCAAAAUUAUCGGGGAUGCGAAUAGCUGAGGAGUAUUUAGUGUUGUAUUGUUAUCAAGUUUGACUUUUGCUUAAUUUCAUCUCUCGAUCGUCGUCAGGUACUUCCCACCCUCAAUGAAAGAAAGAUGAAUAAAAAAAGAAUGUUUUGUGUCUUCACUGUAAAGAUGAAAAUAUUGUGAAUAAUUUUAAAUGAAGAAUAAUAACAUGUAUGUUGUACUCAUCACCUAAAGUAAAAUUACGAAGCGCGUCUCAGGCACCGACUUUAUGGUUGAAACAACAAAUUUUGAGAAUAUGCGAAGAAAUGAAUUGAUGAUAAACUGACUAGAAAUUGUAGCUCCCUCCCUGACUCCGAACUAAUGUAUAGUACAAAUUUCAAAUCCAAACUGUCUGUGUUUUUGAGUAAACCGAUAUUUUGUUUUACUUUUGAGAAUUAUUGACGUAAAGGAGAAUGAACAAUUUUUAUUGCACAUGUCAGGCAAAUAAUGUUUUAUCAUGAGACUGAAAAAUGUAAUGGAAUCGCCUAAUUUUACUUUUAUGCUUUAUUUUGUGUUGAAAUGAACGAAUUAUUUGAGUUGCUCAAGACAUCUGCAGAAAUAUACUUUAGCUUUCCCGAUAUGACAAUGUGACAAAUACUAAUUUCAUUGGAAUAAUGACAUUUAUAUGCAGGCAAAAUAAUUUCAUUCUAAAAUACAUUGGUAAUGUCUUUAAUUCGUGAAUUAAACUUUUUUAACAGAUGAAUUUACGUAAUUUUCUCAAAACCAAUGACUUUGUUAUAUCACUUCUCAUUAUUUUACUGACAUGAAUAAAAAUUUGAAAUUGAUGCAGAUGUGACACAGACAGUCGGCACUAUGAUUAUAAUACAAUAAACAUACCUAAGCAUAUUGUUUAAAAAUAAAGUUUAUAAUAUUGUAAAUACGUUAUUAUAUUUAUACUUUGCUGAUCAUAAAUGAAAAAAAAAACAGGUGACUUUUAAUUUUCUUAAUUGUUUUUCUUCUCUCAUUUAUUUCUCAAACAUCUCGGUGAGUCAUUUGAUCCAGUGAUUUGGGAAAUUGUUCUUGGGAACAAUGAAGUUUUCAAUUGAACUUUUCUAUUUUCAAUAUUAAAAACAGAUACGAAUGAAAAUUGAAUGAACAAACAUCGUGAAAUGAAUAUCAGGAUUAUGUGCAUAUGUAGACAUGUAAAAGACACCGGAAGUUGUGGGAGUAAAUGGGAUGAAUUUGCUCAAGGAUUUGUAAUGGUAGAAAAUAAUCACAUGAGAAUAAACGAAAAAUGAAUGAGA